GUAAUACUUAUCACAUACCUAUUUGCAUCUGGAUUAUGGAUACUCAUCCAAACAACGCACCAAUGUGUUACGUUACCCCAACUCCAGAAAUGAAUAUAAAAGUUAGCAGUUAUGUUGAUCACAACGGUAAAAUUUACUUACCAUAUUUACAUGAGUGGGUGCCGCAUAAAUCAGAUUUGGAGAGUUUAAUUCAAGUUAUGAUAAUUAUUUUUGGAGACCAUCCACCUGUAUUUGCAAAACCUAAAGCAGAUCCAGUGAUGCCGCAUCAGCUUGUAAAUUCUAUUCCUUAUCCAAAACAAUCUGUCAUGCCAAUGCCACACGUAUUGGCACAAUCAGGGUAUCCACAACCGCCUCAGCCUAUUGUGUCGAACGUGUUUGUUUCAGCUGAUGUUCAAUAUCCAAAUUAUUCGUAUUCCAAUUCAAUUUCCAACUAUCCAAUGCCUGGCUACAGUGGACCAUAUCCUUCAUAUUCUUCUUCAACUUCCACACCGACAAGCUCAGGCAGUACAGGUACCAUUACAGAAGAACACAUUAGAGCAUCUCUGUUAUCAGCAAUAGGUGACAAAUUACGCCGCAAGCUUAGAGAGCAACAUUCUCAAUUACUAGCAGAGCUUGAAACAUUAAGACGAACACAACAAGAACUGUCAAACGGUUCUUUGCGUUUAUCUGAAAUAUUUAACAAGUAUCAUAAGGAAAAGUCGGAACUAAAAAGAAACGUUGAAAUUUUACAGGAAAAAGAAAUAAAAUUAGAAAAAGAAGUGCUAAAACUUGCAAAUAAUCGGUCAAUCGAUGUUGACGAAGCUGUAACACCUGUUGCUCCUUUGUACAAACAAAUGUUAAAUGCUUUUGUGGAAGAAGCUGCUACAGAGGAUGCGAUUUACUAUCUUGCAGAAGGAUUACGAGGAGCUAUUAUUGAUUUAGAGGCUUUUUUGAAACAAGUAAGGCAGUUAUCUAGAAGACAGUUUAUGUUAAGAGCUCUAAUGUCUUUGUGCCAGCAGAGAGCCAGAUGUGUACAUUAACAACUGUUCUAUUUAAAUACUUACUCUUGUGUAAAUUUUUUUUUUUAAGGAUAAUUCUUCUAAUUAUUGUACUUGUAUAGAUUUUUUUUUUGAAAGAUUAUUCUAAUUGGUAUGUACAUGUUUAAAGUAAUGAAUUAUUCUAUAAACUA